AUGACGCCGCCGGCCAUCAUCGCGCCCUCGAUCCUGAGCGCCGACUUUGCCGCCCUCGGCAGUGAGUGCUCUAAAACAAUGGACCAGGGCUGCGACUGGCUCCACGUCGACAUUAUGGACGGCCAUUUCGUCCCCAACAUCACAUUUGGUGCGCCGGUUGUGUCCAAGAUCCGGUCACACGUGGACAGACCCCAGAAACCAGGUGGGAGAGGCACAUUUGAUUGCCACAUGAUGAUUGCAGAGCCUCACCGCUGGGUCUCCACGUUCCGCGACGCCGGCUGCGACCUCUACUGCUUCCACUACGAAGCCGCCGUCACCUCGGUUGCGGCCACGAAACCCGAAGACAAGACCACGACGCGGCCCACGUCGCCGAGAGAACUGAUACGCUACAUCCACGAACUCGGCAUGCAGGCGGGCAUCGCCAUCAAGCCGGAAACGAGCGUCGACGUGCUCUGGGAGAUCCUGGAGGCUGAGGACAAGGAGGAACGACCAGAUAUGGUCCUCAUCAUGACCGUGCACCCAGGCUUCGGCGGCCAGAAGUUCAUGGCCUCGGAACUGCCCAAGGUGACGGCGGUGCGGCAGCGCUACCCGGACCUCAAUGUCGAGGUGGACGGCGGCCUCUCCGAGUCGACGAUCGACCAGGCCGCCGAGGCCGGCGCCAACGUCAUCGUCGCGGGUUCGGCCGUGUUUGGCGCCCAAGAUCCGGGCCACGUGAUCCGCGUGCUGAGAGAGGCGGUGGAGAAGAGGAGGGCCGGCGGCAGGUUAUGA